AUGUGGUUACAACGCUUGCCUAAUCAAGCCCAAAUAGUAUUAGCAGUAGCUCUAAAAACAGCUAUAGUCGACGAACUAGCAGAAAUGGCCGAUCGGGUAGUAGAUGUCUCACUAAAUACAGUGAACCAAAUACAAGAACAAUACAAACCAAAUAAUAUAGAAGACAAAAUAGCUGACCUCCAACAACAAAUCAUGCAAUUACAAUUACAGCAAGGACGAACUUACUCAAGAAACAAACCGGGGAGUCACUCACGUUCAAAAUCACGAUCCCGUUUUAAUGCAGAUGGACCACUAUGCUACUUCCAUUAUAAAUUUCGUAGUAAAGCACAAAAAUGUCUUAAACCAUGUAAAUGGACUUCACAAAAACCAUCAGACAACACGGAAAACUAG